AGUCAAGAAAUGUUGCUGCUAUGGUUUUUUCUUCCGUUGACUCUGGCUCAGAUUGAUACUCCGUAUGAUUGUGGUGCUCAUGGAUAUUGUUAUCCCGCCAACAGAACAUCGGCAACAACUUGUUCUGAAUGUACGUGCUCCGAUGAAUCAACUCAAACUUCUGAUACAACUUGUACCGCUCCAACGAGUUGUUCACCGAAUCCGUGUACACUUUCUAAUCAGCAAUGCAAUAUGGUUAAUGACAUUCCAACGUGCACAUGUGCUGUCGGGUACACAGGAACUGACUGUACUAUGUUGACAAGUGACCCGUGCUCGCCGCAACCGUGCUUACAAAAUGGAGUUUGCUCUUCUUCGGGUGGGACUUAUAGCUGUGCAUGUGCAACCGGAUUCUUUGGGGAACAAUGUCAAUACUCCGGUGAUCCCUGUUCAGGCUACUGUUCUAAUGGUGGAACUUGUGAAAUGUUGUUCAGUGACACAACCCCAUAUUGUCAAUGCCCAUUUGAUUACUACGGGGAUAAAUGCCAAACAACAAGAAGUGUUCAAACUUCUUACGUCGGAUGUUUUGAUGAUUCAAGUGCAUCAUUCAGUGACUAUUAUGUUUACUCAACAACUAUAACUACUGGAACUGAUUGUAGAGAUGCAUUGAUAUCAUAUCGAGAGGCUAAUCCAACUUCUAAUUAUGCAUAUUCAACAAUGAGCGGUACAACAGGCGAAUGUCUUUUCUCAACUGCAAAUGCUCUCACAGAUCCACCAACUGGAGGAGGACUACUUGUUGCACUUCUUAAUGCACUUCUUUCAACUUGUGCAUAUUCUAAUUUAAACUCUGGUUUUGCUGCCGUCUACUCAUUGAACGAUUUAUGUACACCUGAACCUUGCGGAGAAGCUGCUGGAAAUGGAAAAUGUAUUCAAACAUCUGCAACCGCUUACACAUGUCUUUGCAAUCCAAUAAAAACUGGAUCAGCAUGUCAGAGUGAUGCAACUCUAACACCUUGUGCUUCUAUUGAUUGUGGAGUUGGAACAUGCGGAGUUACAGAUGAUCAGAUUGGAUACUAUUGUCUCUGUGCAAGCACAAAUCAAACUGUCGCCUGUGUUGGAAAUCCAUGUACAUCUGAACCAUGUCUCUACGGCGGAACAUGUUCGGAUCUCGGAAAUGGAAGUUACUCUUGUGCUUGUCUCAAUCUUUAUAUGGAUACAAACUGUGAAACGUUCGAUUCAUGUUAUAUAAAUAAAUGUGAAAAUGGUGGAACAUGCGUUCCUACAUACAACCUAUUAGAUUCCACGUUCACUUGUCAAUGUACACCUGAUUGGAAGGGAACAUAUUGUGAAGAAGAACGAUAUUAUUGCGAUGAAACUCCAUGCGAGAAUGGAGGGGAAUGUGAAGAUAUCAUUGGUCCUCCAAAUAGUUACAACUGCACAUGUACUCCGCAAUGGACUGGAUUUAAUUGUACAAUUGACGUUGAUGAAUGUGUUGAAGAUACCACAUUGUGCAAAACAAAAGAUCCAGAUGCAACUUGUGUGAAUACAAAUGGAAGUUAUUAUUGUGUCUGCAGUCCAAACAUGUUUGGAAAAUCUUGUCUUUUUAAUAAAAUCAUUUAUCAAAUUUUAAAUGCAACUUAUGGUGAUCUUGGACCAGAUAAACUAGAUGAGAUGGCUCAAGAGCUGACAAAUGAUCCUACUCUAGUAAGAGAUAUUGUUCCAUUUCUGAUUGGUGGUUACAGUCUGGAAGUUAGAACUAGUCUUUCCUGGACUGCAGCAGAUAUGUUCUUGUGGGUUGCCUAUGAGCAACAGUUGAUUGAUUUGAACUCCAACUUUGUUCAAUGGAAUGAUAAGGUGCUUGGUAAUUGUUUUACAUUCAAUCAUAUGAAUUCUUCAUUUAAAUACGAAGCAAGAUCAUCUGGAUAUCCGGGUGGUUUGGAAAUGCAAAUGAAUGUAAAACAAGAUGAAUAUCUUCCGUGGACUGAAACAGCAGGAGUUAUGGUUUUUACGUCAACAAAAGAAGAAGCUGUGACGUCAGAGUCUGUUAGAAUCAAUACUGCUCCACAUUUUGAAUCGAGAAUUGCAAUCAAUAGGGUUGACUACUACCGUCUUGGAGGCAGAUAUGGAGUAUGCAUCAAUUCAGUGAGUGAGGUGAAAUCAUAUUAUUAUGAUGGAGAUUAUACAACAGAUGGUUGUCUCAGAUCUUGUUAUCAAGAUGUGGUGAAUGGAGAUUGUGGUUGUAUGGACCCUAGGUAUCCUAUGCCAAAUGAUGGGAUUUCUUGUAGUAUUUCACAAAAAACAUGUAUUGAUGAGUUGGUAGAUUCAAGAGGAGAUCCAUCCACCUGGCCAGAAUGUACUUGUCCACUUCCAUGCUCCCAAACUGUCUACACUUCCAAACUGUCUAGGUUACCUUAUGUAAACAAGAUUGUUGACUGCGAAGAGGCGUACACCAAUAAAACUGCAUGUUAUGAAACAUUUUUGGAUUCUGUCAUUUUGAGAAUUUCUCUUCCAAAAUUGGAUUAUAUGAUUUACAGUGAAACACCUGCUAUGGAUCUCACAAAAUUCAUGUCUUAUUUGGGUGGUAUUUUGAGCAUUUUGAUAGGCGUCUCUAUAGUUUCAUUCGUCGAAUUAUUUUUCCUUUUUGUUCAACUUAUUGUCAUACUUUUGUUCAACAAACGUCUUUGAAUUGAUUUUAUUUAUUUUAAUUUAAUGAAUCUCGCCGGAAUGUUUGAUUUGUUGCUUGGUUUGGUUUGAAAAUUAUAUACAAAAAUAGUGGAUUAAAUGA